CCUGAAGUCCACUCCAUGCUGCUGCGACGGUUUCUUUUGCUGUUUGUGACACUGAUUAUGAUUGGGUUACUUAUUGGAAGCUUAGCCCUUGCCUACUCGUACCUUUGGAAAAAUUCAUACCAGGAGGAGGAGAGCAUCCGUAUAGACGAUGUGCUACUGGCGGAGCCCAGGCCCACACCCGGACGGAGCAUUUUCUUUCACGAGACCAGCAGCUUUGAUGACGAAAAUAAAGAGGAUAAUGUCCUGAAGCUAAACGCCCGUCAGGCAUGCGCAGUCGAAUCUGCAGCACUCCACAAUCCCAAUUUUCAAGUGUUUCUUUUGUUUGCCGUCCGUAAAGACGUCGGCCUUGAUGAUGACAACAACGGACGGAGAACUGGCAUCAAGCAGACGCUAGUCGAUGCCCUUUUAAACUAUAACAAUGUCCAUUUGAGGCGUCUGCAUGUCUGGAGAUACGCAGCCGGCACACCCGUCGAAGAGUGGUUCAACACCGGGUACUUAUUCUGCUCGCGAUAUUUAGUCGUUCAGAUGUCGGAUUUCCUGCGUUUUUUAACCCUGUUUCGGUAUGGCGGCCUGUAUCUGGACUUGGAUGUGGUUGUGCUGCAAAAUAUGGAGGAUAUGCCACCCAACUACGCAGGAGUCGAGUCCGAUUUAUUUGUGGCCAAUGGCGUCAUGAGAUUUUCACACAAUGGUACUGGUCAUGACAUUGCCCGGCGCUGUCUGCGCGACUUUCAGCUUUAUUUCAAUGGCUAUGAAUGGGGCUACAAUGGUCCAUGGGUGAUAACACGAGUGGCCAAAGAGAUUUGCGGCACUAACAAAAUUGCAAAGAUGCUAAAUAAUACCAAUCGCUGCAAAGGCUUCAAGGUGUAUGAACAAGGCGCCUUCUUCGCUGUACCCGGUGAUCAGUGGCGUGACUUCCUAGAGCCCGACAAACUGGAGCAGACCAUGGCGCUCACAAAAUCGUCGUAUCUGGUGCAUGUGUGGAACCGUAACUCAAAAAACACAACGAUCAGGGUUGCUACUCCCUGCGCUUAUCUUAAAUUGGCCGAACAAAAUUGCCCGCGUGUCUUUCAUGCGGCGGGAGAAUACUUUUAGAUAAAUAAUUCUAUUCAAA